AUGAGUGAUCACUCUCGAGCGUACAUAGGCACGGCUUUUGUGGCCGGAGCCCUUCUUACCCUCGGAGUCAAGGAUCUUUUGUAUCCGAAGUUGGAGCAACAUCUGCGGAAUUCUCGACGUGAAUCCCAGUCGACGAUUACCCUCCAAGAUCUUACCAAAGAGGACGAUAUUCCAAUCUCUCGAUCAGGUCCUCCAGCCAUUGUGGACGGUAUCGAGGGAUGUAUAGGAAACACACCUCUGUUUCGGAUCAAGUCAUUGUCCGAGGCGAGUGGAUGUGAGAUUCUAGGAAAGGCCGAGUUUCUUAAUGGUGCCGGUCAAAGCUCUAAAGAUCGAGUUGCGUUAAGCAUGAUUCAAAUCGCAGAAGAACAUGGUAUCCUAACUCCUCAUUCGGGAGAUACUGUCUAUGAGGGCACUUCUGGUUCAACUGGUAUCUCUUUGGCUACGCUAGCUCGUGCCAAAGGCUACUUGGCUCACAUUUGUAUGCCAUCUGAUCAAGCCGUUGAAAAGUCCGAUCUACUCCUCAAGCUAGGUGCAAUUGUGGACCGUGUCCCACCUGCUCCGAUUGUGGAGAAGGAUAACUUUGUUAACCGGGCUCGCGCACUCGCACACGCUCACACUGCGUCCUCUGCCAAUGUAUCCGAUUCAGAAUCCUCUAUCCCAGGGUCGGCCGAGGUUUCUAGUCCUACCCCUGGAAGAGGUUAUUUUGCGGACCAGUUCGAGAAUGAGGCAAACUGGAGAGCACACUUUAAUGGCACUGGUCCCGAGAUCUACGCCCAAUGCGGUGGUAAAUUGGACGCUUUUGUGGCAGGUGCUGGGACAGGAGGCACGAUCUCUGGCGUGGCAUUAUUCCUCAAGCCGAAAAUCCCUAACUUGAGCGUGGUGCUUGCCGAUCCGCAGGGAAGCGGUCUCUACAACAGAGUCCGCUACGGCGUUAUGUUCGAUAUCAAAGAAAGAGAAGGCACAAGAAGACGGAGACAGGUGGAUACCAUUGUGGAGGGCAUUGGCAUCAACCGUGUGACUGCCAACUUUGAGGUAGGCAAGGAAUUGGUGGACGAUGCUGUGAGAGUCACGGAUGCACAGGCACUGGCAAUGGCCAGGUGGCUUGUUGAAAAGGACGGUCUCUUCUUGGGAAGCAGUAGUGCUGUGAAUUGUUUUGCCGCAGUCAAGACCGCGAUGAGGCUUGGACCUGGCCAUCGAAUUGUGACGGUCUUAUCCGACUCCGGCUCAAGACAUCUCUCGAGAUUUUGGGCUAAAGCAGGCAAUGUCGGCGGUGCAGUGGACACCAAACUUGAGGAUGUCUUGAACGCCAAAGAUGAGCAAUAG